AUGGAAAAGUUCCUGGAUGUGUAUGACAAGAAUUUUGAUAUUGAUGCUAAGGAUUUUUUCAUGGAAAGUAAGUUAUAACUAUUAACUAGUACAGUAAGUUACGUCUCUCGCGCUUCGCUUCGCGUAUCGACUUGUAGUACCGCAAGUCUAAGUGAAAGUACACUGUAAGUAACACAUAUGAAAUUGAGAAAUUGCUAAAUUUUCAGGUGGUAACAUUUAAGUUCACCGAUAUUGCAAAGCACCUAUAUGUAUCCAUUUUUUGUAAUCAAUUGGUAGAAAUUUUCUAAGAUGUUUUUUUAAUUACUGUAUAUUAAUGUUUACUACAUGUAUUAAUACUGCAGUGGUUACUGUCUAGGACCUCUUUUGACAUAUUUUUACUAUUCUUUUGACUCAUUUUGUUUCGUGUUUUCCCACAAGGUAAGACAAUCUCUAUCGUGAAUCAAGAAGUUUCCAUUGAACAUUCAUACAACAAAAUGCAAGUUGAAGAGGUACGGUACUGCUCAGAAAUAAUCUAACGGAAAACGCGUUUAGAACGCCGCUCAGAACGUUACCGAAUGUGUUACAUUUGCGUUCCUAGCGCAUUCUAAUUUGCGGUUUAUUGACUUUAUUCACGUUUCGCUCUGACCGGCGCAAUUACCGAUGCGCGUUCAUGAUUCAGUAGGAAUAAAAGCGGGAAUUUCAUUUUGUAAUUUCUUUGAAUUGUUGCAAAAUAUAUAAAUUUAUGUGCAUAAAUUAGCGUUUUAGGUACGUUUCCUGGUACAAAUUUUUGCUUGCUGUUUUGACCGUGAAAUGUGUUUUUUAGUUCAUUUGCAUUAUAAUGUAUUAUAGUAUUUGACAAUUUCUAUAUUGACUAUUUCUAUAGGACUUAUUCUGUGCGGUAUGUGGUGGAAUGCAAUGGAUAGCUGUAAAACCAGUGAAAUACCAGUGGGGAGUUUGUACCUUUGUGUAUUCAAAGGUAACUCCUGCACAAGCAGAGCUGAAAUGUUACAGCUGUUCAUCAUACCACUGCAGUCAUGUCUCCAGUCUUGCAAGGGCUAUAGAUGAAGUUCAAGAGGAUGAUAACUCGGCGCUGGCUCUUUUUAAAUUUUCCCUGGAGAUUUCGCCAGAAAUGCGCGACUAUUUCGAAAUGGCUACCCGUAGUGAAGAAAAGGUUCAGUUAUUUCUAACAGGUAUACAUGCAUGUAGUUAAAUUUUCUAACAAAAACUUUAUUGGCAAUAUAUUUGACCUGCCAAACACGGUUCGCGUUCGAGUAAAAUCAUGUUUGACCAGACAAAGUUAUAAGCGUCUACCAGGCCGUUAUUUCGAACCGUGUAAACAACCCUAAACCAGAAAUUAAUUGGUUUUAGGCAACGAAAAUGAUGCAAAUGAUUUCUGUGCUCUUCCUGAGAAGAACGGAUCAAAAUUCUUUGUACCGCCGAACAGUGGUUGUUGUCCUUGCGGCGCGGAAUGGGAUGAACGUCCAGUUCAAGAUGACUGGUUGGAUGUUGAAGAUUGUUCCGUUGCGUACCUUUAUUCAAUUCACCAAGUAAAUGGUAAGCAAACGUACGGGAUACCUUUAAAUAUUACAUGCAUGUACAUUCUUGAGAGAGAAUGCAGCAACAUUUAGAUACAUGUAAGAUGACGAAGAGAACAUAAACUACAGUACUUCGCAUGUAUUUUACUUGAUAAAAGAUGCUAAUAACCUAGUUAAAGUAAAGAAUGAAAGAAAAAGAAACAAAAUUAGAAAACUCGUUGACAAACUGUUCUGUAAAAAUCGAUUUAGUGUAUUAAUUCCUGUUAUAAAGGAGGUAAAAAAGUUUUAAUAAUCGUUAAUAAAUUGUUUCGUAUUAGUGUAUUAUAGGCCUUGUUUAUCAUGUGACAAUAAGAAGCGCUACGAUGGCAUUGAAAACAGGGUUGUGUGGUUUGGCUCUUUUUGCAUUUCCCAUGCUGUUUUGAAGGAUUAUAUUCGACUUUUCAUAACGUCCAGGUACAGUAAAAGAACAUGUUAAUUUGUGCUUUCUAAAUUUAUUUGCUUCUCUUUUUCUUGUUCUAUCCAUAAGAUAUGUGUUGGUAAUGUUGGUAAUUUUACUUUCUUUUAAGUUUACCUAUGUACAAAUAUUAUGUGGCAUUCGUACAGCGGCAAGUGUCUUCUGGGAAUUUUGCAUUCAGGAACGAGAUUACUUACACAAAGUUCCGUCUUUCAGUUAUUGCAAUAAUACGGUAAUGUGAAAAUUAUGCAGUAUUGUGACAUACAGUAUAUUAUGUACAUUUAACUUUCAAGCUGGGGGAUAAUUUUAAUAACCAAACAGGUUAGAAAAAAGUGUGCUACGUGCAUGUGCUAUCAAUCUCGUAUAUUUUCAUAGAACUGCUAUUUUUAUAUAAUCUACACCGGGCCGACGGGACGUUUACAAGAAUGGGACUCUAGAUCUCGUUAUAAAUGCAAUAAAUUCCAGUAGAAAAAAUAUUGUCCGAUCAAGCGGCUAUUGUCCGACUGGGCGAAGUUAGUGUUUAUACGAAAAAAACGUUCCAGUUGAAAUGUCGAUUGCAUAAACUGGGAUCCCGCUUUUCCACAUAAAGAUCUAGGGAUUAUAACAGAAAUAUAUACAAGCCGGAAUCCAGUUCAUUAACCCGUCGCGGCAAACGUCCUGUCCUGCCUGUCAUAUAAACAGCACCUAAAAAACUAUAAUGGAGAGAAGAGUAAACUUUUUAAUAUGUACUGUAACUUGUUUAUACGUUCGUUCUUUUAUUUUAAACUGCUUGAUAUUGAAUUCGACGAUGGGUUUUUUUGCGAGAUAUGCGGGAAAGUUCCUAAGAAAGUCGUUAUGGAUGGAACAACUCUGGGGAUUCAAAAGACCUAUUUGCCGAACCAUUUGGUACAGUCUGGAACUGGCUUGCUGGACGGAAGAUAAGUAUUUUGAGUGUUAUUCAUCACUUGUAAAAUUGUGAAGUGGCUAUAAUGCUUUCCCUAUACAAUUUGAUUUGUCGAAAUCAAACGUCCAAAAAGUGAUGGUCCUAACUUGCAGGUCACCUGUGAUACUGUAUAGUGACUUCUGUGGACUAUAUAGCCUGAGGCGACUAAUUAUUAAUUCACCACACCUAAUUCCCCCUAUAAACAUACUGUAUGUAUAUCCAUACAGUUACCGUAUACUGUACAUGUACUGUAGGUCCAUAAUAUCGUAUCAAAACCUUGUUCUAGAUCUUUCCUUUAACAAAUAAUUCUGGUCAGAUUGACCUCACCAUGAUAUCAUGUAAAUGCAAGUGACUUAUAUUCCGUUUCUUGUUGUAUUUUCUGAAAUACUAGGUUUGAAAUGCGGAAUUUCAUUAAUCGAAAAGGUAUGCGAGAUUUACUGAAGGAUUUUAGUAAAUCAGAGACCAGCUUUGAAGAAUUUGAAGAAUUGAAAUCUGAAGUAUGUAAACUGUAUUGAUUAAUAGAUACUGCUUACAAUAUAUUGUAGAUGAGGAAACUUUAGACGACAUUUAAAGUAGUUUGAAAGCCGUCAAUGAAUUGUUUAUACUGUAAGACUGUUUAUGAGGCUAUUUUCCAUUGGCGUACAUGACCUAUUGUAUUUUUUUGAGCGGUUGCCAGGCAGCUACAAAAAAGGAAUUGAUUGGUUGAUCAUAAAAUCCAUUAACGGAAUCCAAACACUAACCACUUUUUAUGGUCCAUUAUAUAACUUAUAAUAAUAGUAAUAAUAAUAAUAGAUAAUAUUUUUAUCUAUCUAUUUUCGAUUUUCGCUUACCUCAAAAGGCCAAAACAGUAUGUUUCAUCUCGGAAGAUUCGUUAGGUGGUAGCUACCACUUAAUUGGGUCGAGAUGAAACAGACUGUUGUGGCCUUUUGAGGUAAGCGAAAAUCGAAAAUAGAUAGAUAGAGAUACAUAUAUAAUUAUCUUACUUUGUAUAUAUUUCCUGUUUAGAUUCCAUCCCCUGGCCUAAAGAUACUCUUCGAUUCACUGGAGGAGGGGGGUUUCACCAGCGGUUGUCCAGACUCGUGCAAAAGAUUUCUUGCAGCACUUGCCUCUGAUAAACCAGUGUGCGCGAUUGUACCACCCAAUGAAGAAGUUUUGGAUUUGUUGACACGGAUCUCUGAUGGAGUAAAUCCAAAAGAUAAUCCUGCAACAGAUCUGAAGCUUCUUCACGAACAAGUGCCCUUACUGUUCAACAUCUUAAAGAUAUGUGGUGAGAUUCCACCUAGUAUCCGACCUGUUGUUAAGGAGUUGACGUGUAAAGCUGUUAGCCCGUUUGAGUACGAAAACGGUCAGCAACGACUCCCGCACAACCUUCCACCACCACAAGAAAACAACGCGUCUAACGGAUAUCUUCCUUGUCUACCAGAACUGGUUCAACGCGGGAAUUAUGUGCUUGACAGUAAAAAGACCAAACAGGGUGAUUGCGCUAAACUUGCAAGAGCUAAGCAUAAGAAACAUGGCACAUUGAUCCCUGGAAUAUUUUGCCUUCUCUGCCCUCACGGUAAGACUUUUUUAAUAGAGUGAAGAAUAAUAACGUUAAAGCGAAUGAAGCUAUUACACUCUUAAUAACUUUAAUAAAGCGAGUAAAGCUAUUAUACUCAAAUAAAUUUUAUUAGAUAGAGGAAAGGCGUUAGAUUUUGAUAUAUUACAUGCAGGGGCUGGUAUGUUCAAAGCUCGGUUGGCGCUAACUCUAGGUUAAAGUUUAACUCACUGUUUUAGGUUUAAGUAUUUUCUACAUAAGAUUUCUGGAAAAAUAUUUCCAAGUUUACAAAAAAAAACAGUCGGAAACUUUGCUUUGAAUUUUACGUUUACCCAAGGUUAAGCUAUAACCAGCUUUUGAACAACUCGCCCCAUGCAGUUGUAUAUUUAUAAAAAACUGACCGAGAUAUUAAUGUCCAAAUUCGAUAGCAUAUACCUGCAUUUCUGGAUGUGUCUAAAUUCACUAGUUUCUCAUAAAUUCCAUAAUGCUAUGCGCUGGGGUACCAAAACAAUCAAAAUGGUACCUUAUUUCUUAUCUUAGCGGUUAUUAAGCCCUGACGAAACUAUAUAGGCGCAUAGUAUACAUGGGAUUGAGUGAAAAUAGUAAAUAAAUACAUUCUCCAGCCGGCAGAGAAGACAAUUUUUUAUACAUUUCUCAUUCAGUUUUCGUCCAAAUUGCAACAAAAUGUGAUCGUUUUAUCCUUGGCCUAUUAUUUAAUUCGCCCUACAAAUAUUCAAAAAAUAGACAAACACACAAACAAACGCUGGUGAAAACAUAUUUUCCUGGCGGAGGUAUAAUAAGAAUACCGAGGAAAUAACAAAGAUAGAGAAAUGUAGUGACUUUAAGUAUGAGUUAUCAGAGAUGUGGAAAGGGGAAGUGACCAAUUAAGGUAUUUAAAUAUCCUGCCAGUCAUCAUAGCUGCCUUCGGAACGAUGUCCAAGCAUGUACAAGAUAACCUGGACAAUUGGUUUGUUAGGAACCUGAUAUCGAUAUGCUGCGGGAGAUGUAGAUGUCAUGUGUAUUUCAUUUAUCUAUUCUAGGUAUUUGCUAUGGAUUCGAGAUAAUGCGAGAUCACGAAUCACCAAAUAUUCCCUUUACAAUUCUAAGAACACGCUUUCCAAAAGGUAUAGUGAUGUUCGUUAAUUAAUAUGACAUUACAUUUUGUCUUUAAUUCUAUAAAAGGUUUAACUUUGUAACUUCAGCUUUUGUUUUCGACUUAAUGAACUUGUUGACAUUAGAAAAAAUAGUGUAUCUGCUGUGUGUUUGUGGCAACUCUUUUUUAUCUAUUUAGCGCCAGAGUUGGUUAUUUAUGAUAACUCGUGUAGACUGCACGAGUACUGCUUGAACCGCGAUCCGGCGUUUUUCAAGAACACAAAGUUUGUGGUUGAUAAAUUUCAUUGGAAAAAUCAUUCUGGUACGUGGGCAUUUUGUAUUUUUUCUUUUAAAAUUAUAAACGUAUUUAUAUAAUAUUUCUAUAGUUUCGAUUGGCCGUAACUCGAUUUAGUUUCGAUUGGCCGAUUGAAUCUUCCUACUAAUUCUUCAUGACGAAGGGUCUUUGCUCAACACGUCGAGAACGAUGGUAAAAAUGAAGAAUAAAAGGGAUAGCGAUAUAGCCAUCGACCGUGGGCCCAGUACUUAUAAAAAAUCGUACGCGCUCACCAGUCGUAAAGUAGUCUUUAUAUGCACAAAACUGUUUAAAUCCGUUUAAAUGGUAUACAAUACUUUAUUAAUUUUACUGUAUAAUUAUAUUGAUUUCAUUUUAGGAUGCUGUGAGGGAUAUAACAUGAAAUUGUACCCGACUCUUACCGUCCAUAAUAGCCAAGCUGCCGAACAAUGUAACUCCGCAAUAAAACCCCUUGCGUCUAUGGUCUCCUAUAUGGAAUAUCAAAACUUUCUUCUUUUUUCAAAGCUCUAUAUCUGGUACAGAAAUAUGCUGCGCAUAGUCAAAUUAAACCCAGAGAGAGACGUACCCUACAAAGACUACUUUCUUGCUAUCAACGGCCAAAGUUAA